CAUAGAUAUUUCUGACAUGAAGAAACUUCUGUUGAUUGAUGCUGAUUGUGGUGUUGAUGAUGCUCAAGCUAUAAUGAUGGCUCUUGCCAAUCCCAGUGUAGAAGUCCUGGGGAUUACUUGCACUUAUGGGAACAACCUGUUGGAAAAUACAUCUAGAAAUGUGCUGCGUGUGUUGCAAGUUUGUAAUAAGCUUGAGAUUCCAGUUUAUCCUGGUGCUCCUGCUCCUCUACUUGGUGGACCUGUUACAGGGGCACUGUUUCAUGGUAAAGAUGGAUUGGGUGAUGUUCCUGAUCCAAAUGCCCCAGGAACAGAACUUCUGCAGAAAGAAAAUGCUGUGACUGCAAUAUUAAGAAUAGUCAAUGAGCGACCAGGUCAGGUGAGAUGGUACAGGUACCCUAAAUAUUUAUCAUAAAUGUGGAAUAGAAUAAGGCCUUGCUUCAUCUUCCAUGCUCCCAGGAAUCUGAAUUCCAGCAAAACAUUUUUAAUAGGGCUGCAAAAAUCUGCAUGGCCAGUACAUGC